AUGGGUUCGUUCUCUGGCACUUGUGAGAUAGUAGAAGCAAGGGAGGAGCUAAAUACAAGGAAAACUCCUGGGUUUUAUCAGUACAAUUCUGAGUGUAGCACGUCCGAGAAAAGUCACAAACUUGCGAUGCUGAAACUGGGAUACAAGGAUGAUCUAGACGGCGAUAUUAAUAAGUUGUUUGAAUCGAUUACUCUUAAGUCUUCAUCAAAAGAUUUGGGUCUUUUACAAGAUGGUAUAAGUCCGAGGCUGAAAAGUGCGUUAAAAAAGCCAAUUACAAUGGGUGUUCCUCGGUCCCCAAGAGUUGGCGCUUCUGAGCCUGUUAAUUUAAAGCAAGCAUUAAGAGACCUUUGCAUAUCUAAGGCAUCGGAAAUGGCUGCUAUGAAGCGGUUAUCAAAAUCAACAGCUUCUCCAAGAAUAUCUGAAGUUGGGAAGAUACAGACAUUGUACAAUUCAGUUGUAGCUGAAACCAGUCGAUCUGGGUCUUACUCUGCUGAAAGCAAGGGGCCGCAAAUUGAAAUAGCUCUUGUACCUGAAAAAAGUGAGUCCCUUUCAUUGGUGAAAACCUCUCAAUCUUAUCAAACUUCCCAAAUCGCAUCCUCGAGCCGAAACAUUCAUUCGUCUCGGGAAAUUGCUCUUGCUACUACUCAAUAUGAUUCUGGGACUUCAUCGAUACAGAAUGAUCUGGCAUGCCAAUCAGGUAAAGUUGGAAUUCAAUCACAACGUGUGGUACCUGUUGAAACAGAAGAACAAGCAUCUGCCUCUUCUCCUUCUCUUCAUAAUACAAUUGGAAGCAAACCAGAGGUGCCCAAAAAUGCUUCUUCCCCUAAAAAGUUGGGUAAUAAAGCAUUUGUAUCAAAUACCGGGAAGAAAGGUAGGUUGCAAACAGUAUCUUCAUCUGCUUCUGUAAAUGGCAACAGAGUUAACAAACUUCCACGCCAUGCCCCCCGCACUGUUAAAUCGGUCAUCAAGAACAAGAGUAUGACUAAGAAGAAACUAAAGGAGGAUCCAGGUUCUGCUUUAAGUGGUCCUAUGCCCAAUGAAGUUAAGAAGCCAGUUCCUGGUACGCCUCGGCUAAUUUGUGAGAGAUGUAGGUGUGCUUUAGGAAAUACAAGUGAAGAGAGAAACCAAGAUACUGUGGCAUUGGACUUUACCAGUCCUGGAAAUGGAGCAAACUUGAGUAAUGUGCACUCAGGUUCAAACAAAUCUGGUUUGAUGUCAACUGGCUGUAAUAAAAGCAAAAUAGGUGCAAAAAUCAAGAACUCCAAGUUGAAAGAGCAACUUGAAUUUUCACAAAGUUCUAAGAGUAGUCAAGGUGAGUACAGUAGUAGUACAAGUACCAGUGAUGAGAGCAAUGUAAGUGGCUCAAGUCGUAGCACUAGGCCUCACAUGUCAAAAGAUGUCAGAUGGGAAGCCAUAAGACAUGCUCAAAUGCAGCAUGGAGUCUUGGGCUUGAGACACUUCAAUCUCUUAAAGAAACUUGGCUGUGGAGACAUUGGGACUGUAUAUCUUGCGGAACUAAUUGGUACAAGUUGCUUGUUUGCUAUUAAGGUCAUGGACAAUGAAUUUUUGGAAAGGAGAAAGAAAAUGCCUAGGGCUCAAACUGAGAGAGAAAUAUUAAGGAUCCUGGAUCAUCCUUUUCUUCCCACAAUGUAUGCACAAUUUACAUCAGAUAAUCUAUCGUGUCUCGUCAUGGAGUAUUGUCCUGGAGGAGAUCUUCAUGUUCUACGGCAGAAGCAGCUUGGUAGAUGUUUCUCGGAGCCAGCAGCAAGGUAA